CUCGCCGUUCAAAGGAGCUCCAACAGAGCUCUCUGUUCCUGUUUGUGGCUCCGAAACACUCUGUUCUCUCACCAUUUCCUCAAAAAACUCCAACCCAAAUCGUUUCGUCCUUUUCGGAAGAAAUGGGAUUUGGUUUUCCGAUUUGGGUGUUGCAGAACUGGCGAAAUCGGAGACCAAUCGAAUCGAAAAAGUAAGAACAUAGAAGAUGAAAGUGAUGAUGAAGACGAAUUGGAAGCUCAUGUAAAAGUAGCAGCUCUCAAUUCAUCUUCGCCGCCCAAAAACGCAUUGUUGUGGACUAGAUGUAGAUCUGCACCGUACAGAUCUUCGUCGCUAGCGAGCCAAUUUUGGGGUUCGCCAUUGGAGGCAGCAUCGGAAACAGAGGAAGAUUGUGAAGAAAACAGAGCACUGCAGCACCUGCAGCAGAUGGAAAACAGAGAGGAGCUGUGAUACUGCUGAGAAGGUGCAAAUCGGAACUCAAGAUCUGUGAAGAAAAACAGAGAUCCCAGAUAGAAAGAAGAGUUUCUGGUAUGUGUUGAAAAAUUCCAGCGGGCAGCGAAGGCAAGGUUGCCGGCCGGCUGCCCGCCGGAAAGAAAGCAGUAUAGACCUAAAUCUUAUGGCUCUGAUACCAUGUAAAAUAAACUGAUGUAUUAUUGAUUGAUGAAUUACAAGAUUGUUAUUGAUUUAUUGAUAGAUACAUUUAGUACAAAUGUGAGAGGCUCCUUAUAUAGGAGAUAUAGGUGUAGUAGGUGAAGUGGAGGUGGUAGUGGUGUAGGUGAAGUGGAGGUGGUAGUGGUGUAGUGGGUUAGGUUUAGUGGAGUAGGUGAGGUGAUAGUGGUGUAGGUGAAGGUAAAUU